AUUUUUAUUAUGUGAUAGGCAGAUAAAAUCUGAAUUAAAAAUUAUAACUUACAAUUUGAUUAUAUGUAAUAGUAGCAUGAAAGAAUUUUUUCAGCGUGCAGAACUGAAAGAUCAAAGUGAUGAAAAGAAGAUACAAGAAAACAAAAAUUUUAGAAUUGGAACGACCAAAGAGAAAGAAAUAAAGUGCGAAGAAGAUAUGAAAGAAGAUGGAGAAUUACUGAUACCACAUGGGAAUACGAUGUUUGGACUCUGUGCUAUUUGUCAUCUCGCUCUUGGAAAUAUAAAUUCUAAUUUUAGUCAAUAUAUUCCUUGUUCAAAGAGUCAUGCUGUAUGUCAACGUUGUAUUCAACACUUUGCGCUUCAAUCAGAUCCCGGUUGUAUUCUUUGUCAUGCACAGUAUCAACAAUCAAAUAUAAAUUUAUCACGAGAAAGUAAUGUUAGUUUGAAUUCAAUAUACACACAUUUAAAGAGAAUGCAAAUUCCACGACAACAAUCGGAAUAUUAUUCCAAGCAUCAUCAACAUUUACAGCAAUACAUCCCUAUUGACAUUGAACAAUCAUAUAACAAGUCUUGGAAUCAAAAUUAUCCAUGUACAACACAAAAUAUCGAAAGAAAUACAUUAGGAUAUUACAAUGAUUACUUUGAAGAGAUAUCCGAUUAUGACCAAAUUAAAGAACAAAAUAACAUGCGCGAACUACGAAAUAAAAAUUGUGACAAACAGAAACGACAAAGUUAUUGUAAUUUAUUUAAAAAAGGAAAUACAGAGUCAUAUAUGUCCGAAGCAAAAGUUAGCGGACAAAUUAGCGCAGAAUGUUCUCGAAGACCGAUUCGCUGUCCACGAGUUGAUUGUGCCAUAAACGUAGCUUUUUCAGCAUUAACUCAUCAUUUCAUUUUUGAUCAUCCGGAAGUACCUAUCCUGAAUGUAGAGCCAGGUAUUAAAAGUACACUCAUCGUCAGUUUUAGUGCCCUAUCUUCCAAUUCUAGUAGAUGUCUGGCUCUCCUUUUAGUUUCCGGUAAACUCUCAGAACCUGUUGCGAGAUUGUUUAAUGGUAGUCAAAUCAACCCAAAAUAUCGAAAUCGUUUACCAUUACCAGUAUUAGCUGCUCGGCUACAUUGUACAGAUCAGUGUAUAUCUAAUGACAAGAUUAAUAAAAAGAAAAAUUUUCGUGAGAAAGAUAUAAUUAUCGCUUGGGUUGCUGGACUGGAUAUUGGAAAUACAACAAACAAACUUUUAUGUAGUAUUCAGGCUGUAGACAAGAUUGAUAAUGAAGGCUUACGUUGCCUAACAUAUACAGGUCCAGUGAAUUCAUUAAGAACUGCUCAAUGUCCUCAAGACAUUUUUUCAACAGGUGAUUGCAUAGUUCUACAUGAAGGUCUUCUCAGUCACAUUACAUCAGAUUGUGCUACACUCAAUGUCAAUGUUACUGUGCAUUAAAUAUAUUACAAAUGUGAUA